AUGGAUCCAGAAGUCAGGUCAAAGGGUUCGGCCACUAAAACGCCCAUUAGGCAGUCGAUCCACUUUAACGGGAUGUGUUCGGGUAAAGUCCUCGACCUGCGUCGAAGAAACCUGACGCUGACGGAAAGCCGUCUCUCCGUCUCUCCAGCAUCAUUCUAUGGGAACAGUUACAUCCACCUGCGGACGGCUGAAGCGUCCAAUCACACGUCACUUCAUAUACGUUUCCGGACCUCCCGCCAAUCAGGGUUGCUUUUCCUGGCAGCAGGGGGGAGGGACUUCCUGCUCCUAGAGCUAACCUCUGGACAGCUGCAGGUCCGUCUGGACUUUGGUUCAGGUGAGCGGUCCCUUCGUUCAGAGAAGGGGGUCCAUCUCAGUGACCUGGCCUGGCACUCCACCCAGCUGUCCCACACCGGCCACAACGUCACUUUGACUGUCGACUGGCACUCCCACAACAGCCUUCAGAUGCCAGGGCCUGACCUGGAGCUCAGCCUUCAGGAGGGGCUCUUCGUUGGGGGGCCGGCCUGGCUUGACCGCCCCUUCCUCCACCACAAGGCUCCGGGGUUCAGAGGCUGUUUGGAUGAAGUGGUGUUCAAUAAACAUAGCCUUCUGUCCAACCUGAGGCCAUCUGCCGGUGUGAAAAGCAUCCAUCGGGUGUCUCUGGGCUGUAGUUCACAGUUCUCUGCAACAGAAGACGAUCCUGUUGGUUUCUUCGCCUCCAGAUCCUUUGUUUUGCUCCCUGCCUGGGAAGUACCACAAGAAGGAGUGUUUGAAUGCGAGCUACGGCCAUCUGGGGGAGUGGGAGAUGGUGUGAUCCUGUUCAGCGCCACCUUGCAGGGAGGCUUCGUAUCGAUGCAGAUUAGAGAUGCUCACCUUGUGGUGAUGAUGGGAGACGGUGAGGGGAGACAAAUGGAGGUGCGCUCUCACACACGACUACAUGGCAACCGCAUGUGGUACCCUGUCUGCCUGCACCUUCUGCCCCAUAGAAUCCAGCUCAGAGUGGGGGAAGAGCUGGUUAACGCCACCCUGCAUCCAGACCUGCAGGCCAUCCAGCCCGAAGGAGCUCUGUACCUGGGAGGACUAGAUGAAGGAGUGCAGGGCGAGGUCAGGCGAGCUGUGUUACUGUCUGGAGGAGGAGGCUCUUUUGAAGGCUGUCUGAGGAACAUGAGGGUGAACUCUCAGAGAACAAGCCUUCACCACGCCGUGGUCAGUCAGGAUGUCUCUGUGGGAUGUAACAUCGCUACUGCAACCAAUCAGCCCCAUGCUGAUAUCACCACUCAACAACCAAUCACCCACCAUGACACUCAGGACAGGAAGAAGAACAACUUUCUGUUGUUGCGACACCUGGAAGUCACUGAAGGAGACACAGUGCCACUGGAACCAAAACACAUCAAGGUGAAUCUGGAUUUCAGGAAGCUUGGACUCCAUCCGGCCCAGCUGAUGUUCCACAUCGAGGAGCCACCUGUCCAUGGCCAGAUACGGGUGGACCUUGCCCAAGAAGGCGAUGAUGAUGGAAGGAGGGAUGGGGAAGGAGAGGAGAGUGGACGGCAGACGUUCAGCAUGCUGGAUUUAUGGCGGGGCCAGGUGAUGUACGUCCAUGGAGGUUCCGAAGACCACCGUGAUUUCUUCACGUUUUCUGUCUUUUGCAGCAGCAAGAAGGAGCUUCCUGCGUUUUUGAAGGAGGGAAACCUCCAUCGCUUCCAAAUCAUCAUCCGACCUGUGAACGACCCACCAGAUCUCAGUCUGCCGGAGGGCAGCCUCUUCAUCUUGCUGCCGAACUCCAGUCGACAGCUGAGCUCGGAGGUGUUGCGAGUGUCCGACCCAGACAGCCGGCCUGCGGAGCUUCAGUUCAGCUGUGUGGGAAACCUGAGCACCGAGGCCGGACACGUGGAGCACCGAGAGCAGCCCGGCAGGUCCAUUACUUCAUUCUCCCUGCAUGACCUCCAGGAAGGAAAGAUCCGCUUCGUCCAUGCCGGCGCUCCCACUGCCACACUGGCUCUACGGGUCAGUGAUGGACACAAGCUGAGUAACACGGUGGUGUUGAGGAUCUUGGCAGUCACCUUAGAGCAAAAACUAGAGAACAACACAGGCCUGCAGGUCGACCAGGGAGGAGCUUCUGUCAUUUCAACCAAUCACCUUGCCGUGAAGGUUAACGUUACUGAACAAGCAGUAGAAAUCCACUAUGAUGUGGUGGAGGCACCUCGAUAUGGGGAGCUGCAACGACAACACUUGACUGGUGAAUGGGAACCCGUGAGCUCCUUCUCCCAGACAAUUUUGGGAAAAGAACAAAUCCGAUAUCUCAACACUCACCGUGGCCUCCAGACUCAGAACAAUGCCACUGACCAUUUUAAAUGUCGAAUCAGCAUCGGCUCAGUGGCUACGGGGGAAGUGGUUUUCCGCAUUUUGGUGCGAUGGAUCCAUUUUAAGAUCACACGUAGCAAGAUGGAGGUCACAGAUGUUGGAAAGACCACAAUCACACCUGAACACCUCCAUGCCAUUUCCAAGGGCAUCCGACUCCAUGAGAGCGACAUCUUCUUCAGGCUUCUCACGCUACCAAAUAAAGGGCAGCUGUCCUUAGACAAGCAAGUCCUGAAGAGGAAAUUCACUUUCAGUCAGGGAAAUAUCACAGCCGGCCUGCUGACAUACGAGCUGCUCAGCAGACCAAGUGAAGAUGGCAGAGACACGGUCAGUUUCCAGGUGUACUCUCAACACGCCGACUCAGCAAGUCACGACUUCAGAAUCAACAUCAAGGCGAGGUCCGGGGUUGUUUCUCUUGUGAACAAAGGCUUGUCCGUCCUAGAGGGCGAGAGGAAACUGAUUACCAAGGACAGACUGUUCGCCCAGGCUGCAAGUCACAAAGCUGUCCAGUUCACCAUCACCUCCGGCCCCAGACAUGGGCAGAUAAACAAGAUCCACCUCUCCAACUCAUCCGCUGUUAGCCACAACAUCCUGACCUUCACCGGCCAGGACAUCCACGAGGAGAGGGUCGUAUAUGUUCACGACGACAGUGAGAGCAAACAGGAUUCUUUCUCUUUCAGCGCUGCCGUUUACAGACCACAUAAACCUGCCGCCAAGAAGGAUGUCAGAAACCUGACGGAGUACACCUUCAACAUCUCCAUCCAGCUGCUCAAUGAUCAAAGACCUGUCAGGGUGGUCGACAAAGUUUUCAAUGUGGCCCGCGAAGGUCAAAGGUUGCUGACCACUGAUGACCUCUGCUACCGUGACGAGGACUCGGACUUUGAGGAUGGCUGGCUGGUGUACACCCGGCGGGGCGUUCCCAUGGGAGAACUGGUGCUGGCUAAUGACACAAAUCACAAGCUUUAUGAGUUUACGCAGCGGGACCUGGAGCAGAAAAAGGUGUUGUUCAUCCACAGAGGAGUGAGUUUUGGUCGUUUUGUGCUCUUCGUCUCCGACGGCAAACAUUACGUUUCAACACUGCUGGAGGUGGUGGCCCAGGACCCAUACCUUCAGGUGGAGAACAACACGGGUCUUCUGGUCCAGAGAGGUGGGGUCGUGACCUUGACCUCAUCUAACCUCAGCAUCUUCACCAACCUGGAUGUCCGAGAGCCAGGGGAGGUGGAGUACGAGGUCUUCCAACUGCCCAAACAUGGCACUCUCACCCUGGACCACGGUGACGCUGUCAUGGCAACAGACGCCGUUUUGACUUUCACCCAACAAGACUUGUUGGAGGGGCGCCUGGCCUACCACCACCAUGCCAGCCGUGAGCUGUCGGACAGCUUAAACCUGACGGCGAGAGUGAGGGAGAGGAGGGCGGAGGAAGGGAGAGAGAGAGGGAGGAGGGAGGCGCAUUUGGACAUUGGGGUUGGGGUGAAGGUUUUCCUGGAGAGCCACCACAGGCCUCCAACAGUCCUCAGCAAGGGCCCCCUGGUGGUGGAGGAGGGACAUAACGUCUCAAUAAGCAGAGAACAUUUAGAGGUGGUUCAUGAGGAAAGCCAGCCAUCACAAAUCAUUUUCUCUGUCCAAAAACCGCCGUCUUUUGGUUACCUUCAGAAGACUUGGUCUGUGGGGGAGAGAGGAGGAAGACAGUAUCCAAUCACCCUCUUUACCCAGGAGGACAUCAACCUUGGAUUGGUGCUCUACAAACACCAGGAACCAGGAAGCUUCAAUGACUCCGUCUUAUUGAAUGCCACCAAUGGAUUAACAGAGGUGGGGCCAAUCAGGUUGGAGGUAGACGUCGUCCCUACCCUCCUCCCCCUACAGGUGUCCGUCUUGAUCCUGGAUGAGGGCUCGUCCCUUCCGCUGACCUCUGACAUCGUCAAGGUGACCAGUCAUCACUUCUCAGGGAUGAGCUUUCUGUACCAGGUUAUCGAACCACCACGUCACGGACACUUGGAACACAGCAGGAUUCCUGGCAUGCCCAUCACCGCCUUCACACAAACUGAGCUGGAGCGGCAGUAUAUAUCCUACAUCCAUGACGGCAGUGACACCCUGACGGACAACUUCACCCUCUUUGCCAACCAGACCGAGACCAGGAAGCACAGCCAGCUGUGCACGGCGCACGUGCACAUCAGCCCCGUUAAUGACGAGACCCCCGCUGUGACCGCCAACAGAGAGCUCAAGGUGUGGGUGGGAUCGGUGACCGACAUCACGCCAGAUGACCUGAGCGCAGAGGAUUCAGACACAGAGGAUGAAGACUUGGAAUUCAUCAUCACGCCGCCCAGCAACGGCCACCUGGCUCUGAAGAGCGCCCCCUCCAGGCACAUUCUGAACUUCACCCAGAAACACAUUCACAGUAGACAGCUGGUGUUUGUACACAGUGGUGCAUUGUCCGGAGGUUUUCACUUCCAGGUCAACGAUGGAGUCAACUUUGCCCCUCGUCAGAUCUUCAGCAUAGUUGCCAAGCCUCUGGUCCUCAGCCUUCAGAAAAACCAGAUCAUGGAGGUCUAUCCAGGUUCUGUGACGGCCAUCACUCAGCAGGAGCUUCAGGCGGUCACCAGCAGCAACGAUGACGUCACAGGAAACCGCUCGGUGGUGUUCACAGUGACCACGCCCCCCACACUUGGACGGCUGGUGGAACGACAGGCUGACAACUCCACACGUGAUGUAUCCACCUUCACACAGAGCAAGCUGAACGACGGAGUGAUUCUGUACGACCAGAACCAGCCAGAGUCGGUGGGAUGGUCGGCCAAGGACUCUUUCUCCUUCACCGUCACCUCUCUGCCAGCUGUCCUUCCUCCACACACCUUCGUCAUCCUCAUCUCCUACCAGGCCAACACACACAAGCAGCAAAGCCGGCACACGCCGCCCGUGACUCGGCUGCGGGUCAACACAGGCGCAGUGCUGGCUGAGGGAGGCAGGGUUGUGAUUGACGGGUCUAAACUGGACGCCUCCAACCUACUGGAGAAUGUUCUGGACUCUGAGCAGCGGGGUCUGAAGGUGCAGUAUCGCGUGAUCUUGCUGCCGCGUCACGGGACUCUGUCCAUCGGAGGACAAAAACUGACCAGGGAACGACGGGAGUUUACCCAGCUCUCAUUGGAGGAGUCCGGCAUCGUGUAUCUCCAUGACGACUCCGAGACAACAAAUGACAGCUUCUCCUUCCAGGUCUGGCUGGCUCCUCUGGUUUCCUCUUCUUCCUCCUCUUCUCCUACCCUCACACCUUUAGAACUGGCUCAUCACCACCACAUCAAGGACAGCCUUGUGAUGGAAAUGUUCAACAUCACAGUGACACCGGUCAACGACCAGCCUCCCCUCAUCAGGACCAGAGCUCCUAGUAUGAAAGUGGUAGUGGGUGAGAGCACCGUACUGGGGCCGGAGAACCUCCAGGUAGAGGACCAUGACACUCCUCCUGAGGAACUGCACUACAGCGUCAUCAGUAAGCCCAGCAACGGCUACCUAAUGCUGGGAGAGCGACCAGAGCCGGUGGCCUCUUUCACCCAAUACGACAUCAACCAUGGCAGGCUGCAUUUUGUCCAACAGGGGGAGCCCUCGACGGGAGUGUUUUACUUCAAUGUAACUGACGGCUACCACCGCCCGCUUUACAAACUCUUCAGCCUGGAGGUCAUGAAGCCAGCCAUCUCAAUGGCCAACAACACCGGCUUAUCCUUGCUCCAAGGCAGGACGGCCGUUGUCCUCGCAACGAACCAGCUGGCAGCUCAGACCAACGGCCGUCGCCGUGCCAACAUCACCUACACCGUCACAGCACACCCUCGCCACGGGCGCAUCGCCAUCAAUGACCAUGAGGUCACCACCUUCUGCCACGAGGACUUGCAGCUGGGUCGUGUGGUCUACCACAUGACUGAUCUCAGCGAAUCAGAGGACAGCUUUGAAGUGUCAGUCUGUGCUUCCUCGCCCGAUGUGGUGUACGGCAACCUAACCGCCCAGCGGGUGAACGUGACAGUGAGGCCGCUGAUCUACUUAAGGGAGUCGGUUCGAGUGCCUAGCGGUGUUGCAGUGAAACUGGGGAAAGCCAUGAUGGACGCAUCGGAGCUGGCCCGGAUCAGCAGAGCCGACCCGGUGUUUGAAGUUCUCUCUCCACCCAAACACGGAAAACUAGUCAAGGUGACCUUUAACCUUGACCGAGCAUCAGAAGUCCUGAGGUCAUUUACAUUUCGAGACGUGAUGCAGGGACGCGUCGCCAUCGAGGAGACGCUCAGUGACGAGUCCGUCGACCGACUCCGCAAUAAGUCUGCGGCUGCCACAACACAAGGCCACGCCCCCGCCACGCCCCUCAACGAUUCCUUCACUUUCCUGCUGAAGUCCGGAAACAUCCAACCCGCCAAGGGAGAGCUUCACUUCACCAUCCUUCCGCACCACCAAAUGCGCCACGGUCCAACCGGUUCCCACAAAGCUGAUGCUGCUGGUCGCAAGCACACGCCGGUCCGAAUGGGGAACCAGAACAAAACGAGCUUGGGUGGGCGGGGCAGCCAGCGGAAGUCUGUGAACACACACAGCUCACACCCACACAUCCUGUCUCAUCCGAGCCACAACAGAACGCUGAACAAACUCAGAUCUCACAGCCGCUGGGCCAGCAACCACACCCACACAGGAGGAAGAGGAAGUGGACAGAGGAGCGUAUCACAUAAACCCCUCCCACCUCCGCGGCACAGCGGCAACGUUCCACUAGCUCCUCCCCACCAUCCCCCGGUCCUUGUGGAGGCCCCGCCCCGUCCGGCCUCCGACCCACUCCUCAUUAUCCUGCCCUUCCUGGCCUGCCUGCUGCUGCUGGUCAUCCUAGUGGUUCUGAUUCUGGUCUUCCGGCAUCAGCGGGAGAAAAGGGCCCGCAUGCGGCUCAUCCAGCAGCUGGCAGCUGUGCCCUUACAUGCCGAGGGUGACUCUUACCUGCGGGGGGCAGAGCGGAGCAUAACCACGCCUUCCGUGGUGGUGACGCCCCUGAGGCAUGGAAGCUGCCCUAGCUUGCCCCCCGUGGCCCUCAGCCACAGGAGGAGCAGCAGCCUGGUCCCUGGAGGGAGCGUCUGGGGGGCCCUGGAGAGAGAGAGAGGGAGGGUGCUCAGCAGGAAUGAGGAAUGGGGUUUUGAGGGCAAGGCAGGUGGGAAUAAUGCUGCUCCAACGACCCCAGCAGGAUUCAGGGCCUUCCAGAGGGCCCGAAGCCUGACCCCAACUCUCAGAGACAGUCAGUACUGGGUCUGA